CUGAAUUCUGGGUACUGGUUGUGGUUCCUCGUCUAGUUCUGGUCACAAAGUAGUCAGUCUUCAGCGCAGCUCGAUAGCGAAAGAUGUUUGCCGGGAGCGGCGGUCCCAGUGCCACCAAUCCAUCUAAUCCAAGGUCGCGGGGAUAGGACUGCUCUACUGUGUCGACUGGCGCCAUGUGCUGCUGGUGUGCACGUGUCUACUGGACGGUUUUGCACAAUCUCCUGGCUCGAAUGAUGGACAGCCUGAUGGAAGUCAGAUCGCCCACCUUCUGUAGCUGCUGCUUCGGUUAUCAGCGGCAGGCCAGCCAGGAAGGUGACGUCGCAGAACGGGUUUCCAGCACCGACGACGAUCCACAACAGCAGCCCCGUGAAGAUUACGUCAUUGUGGACGAUGCCGAUGUCAACUAUGCGGAAAUCGAGGAGCGGCAUGUGGAAAAGGAGCAGUACUACUUCACAGUGGAUCGUCUUACGGCGGAGCGAAUGCUCCAUGGACGAGAGGACGGGUCCUGCCUGGUCCGACCUUUCAAGGCAGCCGACCAGUGGAUCCGGUACAUAGUGAGCAUCUGGGCGGCGGAUCAGUACUAUCACCUGUUCAUAAGGCAAGUGGAUAGGAGACAGCGCUACGCUAUAGGCCAGAAGAAGUCCCAGGAGCGCUGCUUCGGAUCCCCUUCGGAAAUUGUGGAGUUCUACACGGAGCAUCCACUUCUCUGCACCAACAAAGUCCGGAGCCAGUGCGUCCAACUCCGUCCCAUCAGUUACGCUUAGCUAGGGGUCAAAUCUUUAUUGCA